UAAUAUCAGUGUACGAAAUUAGCGUCAGUCCUUUGGCCCUGCGCCGACAUACACGUCGAAGGACUCGCGAAUAGUACGACUAAAUGGGUCCUUCUCAUAGUUUUAGGCUGACACGGUUGCCAGGAAUAAAACUUUACAACAUGCGUUGGUUUAUGCAUUUAGAUUACCUAGUUUAUAUCUAUCCAGCAUUUUGAUUGGAAUUUUUGAAAUAAAUGAACCAAUGAGCAUCCUUAAAGGUCAUAUGAAACAAUUUCUAACAAUGGUAUUUUACUUUAAAAACAUAAAGAUGGGUAUGAAUGAAGGUCAAACAGCGUUUAAUAAAAAAUUAUUGUCCUUGGAUUGAUAAGUAAUAAAACUGUAAACUUGUACAUAGAAUGAAUUUGUUACCCGCUUAUUGUUCUUGAUUAUGUGUGUUUGUGACAUCACAAUGACCCAUCGAUGUAAACAACGCAAUGAAAAUAGUGUAGGCCUACCAUGCCUACCAUUUUGUUCAACGAAAUAUCUACUGCAUUUAACGAAUAUGGACUAAUUUUUGUUUUCUGACGAACUGCCUGAUUUUGUGUUUCAACAAUAUCAGUUUAAACCAGUCAGGAAUGAUGCACGGCAAGCGAAUAACAUUCUUCAACAGAGGAUGAUAUUGAAGAAGUCAACACUAGCUGAAGUAUGGCCACUACCGAUUUUUUCCUCCAUAUGACAGCAGGAUCUCGAUUUCCCCCACACCUGACUUUAAACUUAACAAGUCUUUGCAAUGAUGAGGCAUUCUUUGAGGCAUUUCCAAAAUACAGAGUCAUUAACAGUACCUGUACUAUAUCAUACAGUCUGAAUAAAGCCAGCAGUCACAGUGUUAACGCCAAUAAUUUUGUAUUUAAUUCAAGUAGUAACGUCUUUCGAGUUCCAUUAGAAAGGGCACUUCAUUCAAAGACGUUGUACAGUGUAGUUUUGAAGUGUUUAAAAGAUGAUGAUGGUACAUUACAAUAUUCCAAACUUGUUGAUAAAUUUACAGGGGAAUGUCACAGAUACCGACUUCUCACCACCACUGGAUCCGAGGUGAUCUAUAAGGAGCAGGCUGUGUUCUCGUCGUCUGUACAGGAUAUUGUUCUGGGGGUUGUGUUCAGUGUGGUGGCUCUCCUCAUUGUGUUUGUGACAAUUCAUUAUCAGUACAAACGAUACCGACGACAACGCAGAAUGCAGCAAUAUCUCAGCACACCUCACACCGAUCCGUUUGAACGACUACAGGAUCACAUGGAGGAGUGAUGGUUCUUUCUUGCCAAACAGUGCUCUAGUGUACAAAGUCCCACUUCAAAGAGUGCAUGUACAGCGGAUAAUCCACAUGUACAGCGGAUAAUCCACAUGUAUAGCAGAUAAUCCACAUGUACAGCGGAUAAUCCACAUGCAGCACCACAAUUUGUUGAGGUGCAGAUGACAUAUCCAAUACUAAUUCAGUCUUUCACGAAAAUGAAUAUUGUGCUCAUUAUGUAAUUCUUGCUUUAUUCGUGGUGUAGUAUUGUCUGUCUGUCCAUCUGUAAUUUUGACAUUUAUACCUAUAUAUUAUGAUUAAUGGUGCCAUCACAGAAGACAGGCUCUCUGUUUUAUGCCCCUGCUAUGCUAUGGCUGGUGCAUAUAAUGUUUCUCUUUUCCGUCAUAAUUCAGUUUCCAUUCAUUAUCUCUAUUACUGAUGUGCAUAUUCAACUGAUAUUUAGUAUACAGAUGGUCAGGAGAAUAGCCAGAUCAAGUUUUUAAUUGGUUUUGGAUUGAGAUUGAGUAAUUUUUUUUCACAAAGUUAUGCCCCUUAGACAUAGACAAUUUCAAAUAAUGCAGUUUCCUCUCAUUAUCUCAGUCAUAAAUGGACAUUUUGAAUCAAAAUUUAGGAUAUAGAUAUAUCGUGACAAUACGCAGGUCAAGUAAUUUUGUGGUUGUGGUAGAUAAUUGUUGGCAAAGUUGUGGACAUUAGACUUUAAAAAUUUCAAACAAUUUACAGUUUCAUCAAAUUGAAAUUUGUGAUAUAGAUAUUAAUCCAAAUUUGUCAUCACUUCACUUGAGUAAAACAGUAAUAUAAAGUUGGUUGUUGCCGAAGGGGAUGGGGGUGGAUUUAUUUCCAGCAGAGGCAUUUGUAUCACUUGGACACAAUCUUUUGAUAUACCCACAGAUAUCAAGCAUUUUUGUUGUACAUGUAUUGAUUAUUGCAAAAUGGCGUACUUUUUACAGAAUUAAUGCCCCUGGGUUAUGAAAAAAUUUUGAAUUUCAUAGUUUUACUGAUUUCCCCCCCCCCCCCCCCCCCCCCCCCCCCCCCCCCCCCCAUGCUAGCAGAUAUGAAAUGAAUUUUGAGUUUGUAGUUGUAUUUUUAUGAGUUAUUUUUCAGCUCUCUAAGUUCCACCGUAAUUUAGCCUUUUUUAAACUGUAUGCAGAUACAUGUAUUUAACUGCAUCAAAUUUCCACUGUGUUCAGAUGUGAUGUGUGGACUGGUUGUUAGAACCCAUGAACUUUAAAAAUAUCAUCGAAUAUUCGCAGUUGGCUGAUUUUGAAUUACAGAUCAAGUCUUGAGUUUUGUUCCAGUUAAGCUUAGCAGUAAUGUAAUGUCCAUUGGAAAUUGAAUAGAAUUUAGUGAGACAUCUUGACUUCUGUUCUAAUUGACUUAAUUCUUGUCCCAUUGAUGUAUCUAUUUUAUAGUUCAGGUUUCACAGAAAUGUAUGCAUAUAUUUUAUAAUAUUUACAUUUCCCAUGUUUUUGCUUUGUUAUCUCUACAAAUUGUAAUGAUGGCCAUAUCCUCAUGAAUGCAUUGCAGUUGUAAACAAUCUGCGUAUGAAUACAAAAAAAAUGAGUAUUUCUAUUGUAACCGCUGGAAAUUCCAACAGAAAUGAAGGUAUAAAAAAAAAACUUUUUUUGAAAAUACACGAGGGUAUGCACCGCAACAAUUCAUGUCUGUAUACUUUUGAUACAGUGCUGAUUGACUUCAUUAAGUACACCAGCGAGAAGUGUCGCAGUUCAUACCCACGUGUGUUUUCAAAAAUGAAAUUUCAUUUCUUAAAUAUACCUUUCAACUUUAAAUUUUAAAUCACUGAAUAUAUUUUAAACUUUGAUUUUACUAAGAAAAUUUAGAUGAAUGGUUUUCAUCUAGUCAAGCAUCUGACUUUAUACUGUAUCUUAAUAUAAAGGGUCCUCCUUUUUUCUUUUUUUCUUUUUUGUUACAGGUAUACAUAAUCAGCAAUAUUUUCUUCUUGCAUCAUAUUGAUUGCGGUUCUAUGUACCUGAUGAAAUGGCAAUCAGCCAAAAAGGUUUACUCUGGUAUCUAUUCAUCACAGCCUAUUUCAUCACUUUAGAAUAAAUAGGAACCCAAUCUCUUUUCAUGCAGUCAGCUGGUUUUAAUAAUUUUUUACGUUUACCCGUCCUUCAUGCUGUUAAGUACUCCGAGAUGUACAAGAAUUUCACAAAGUUGUGUGGCAUAAUAUUUUCAAACUUAGAUAUGAUACAUUUUAUCCUUCAUUUGUGUUGACAACAUUUCUGAUACAUGGUCGUGGGUUUUUUUGUAUGAUGAAUGAAUAACCCUCACUUGAUGGGACAGUUUUACCUACAACACUGGCCAUGUCAUUUGGUACAAUAUUACAGAGUCACUAAUCUUCAAGUUUUCACUGCACCGAAUGAUAUUCAUUGCAUCAUUUUAUAAAUUGUGGUAACAAAUACGCUUACUAUUAAAUAAAAUGCUUGUCGAUGUAGGUCACCUAUAGAGACACAUAACAAAAUACAUUCCAUAUUACUUCUACACAGGCACCAUCUUCAGCACAGCAGAAUUAAUUAUUUUGUAUCGUGUUUUUUGGUAAUUAUAUAGAAUUUUUUAAUUGGCUUUUGAAAUCAAACAAUACAGGUGUAUGUACUUGUUUGUAUUUCUCAUUGUUGAUGUUCGUGUGUAACACUAAAUAUUACAUGAUGUAUUUAUUAUUGGUUCUAUAGUAAUGGGUAGUUUAGUGAUGUUAGUGUAUAAAUAAAAUAAUGAAAUUAU